AUGUCUCAUCACCAUUCGCACAAUCACGGCCAUGGUCACUGCUAUGGCGAAGGAGAUGACGGCCACGACCACUCGAAUGACAUCACACCAGCACUCCAAUCCCUCCUUUACUCUCAGAUCCAAUUUGAUUCAAUCACAACUCUGAAUGAAGCAACACCCAAGUCAGGAGCGGCAAUUGUCAAAAAGACAUAUGCUGAGAGGCAGAAUGAUGAGCCGGAGCUGGAGAGUGAUGCGGACGAGCAGCUGUUGAUGUAUAUUCCAUUCACCGGUCAAGUCAACGUUCACUCUAUUCUAAUUUACACUGCGCCCACACCAUCCGCCCCAAAGACCCUGAAGCUCUUCAAGAAUCGCGACGACCUCGACUUCUCGACGGCGUCAGAGCUCAAACCAACUCAAACGAUUGAAGUCCCGCGGCCGAUUCCAGGAACCGAUGUCUUCGAGAUACCCCUGAACCGUGCACACUGGAACGCCACUACCUCGCUCAGUUUGUUCUUCGAAGACAACUGGAGCGAUGGUGAGGAGGACGUGACAAAUGUCGGAUACAUUGGGCUCAAGGGUCAGUUUCUGGCUCUGAACAGGGAGCCCGUCAGCUUUUUAUACGAAGCAGCAGCUAACCCCAAUGACCAUGUGGCGAUUCCGGGCGUGAGCGGUAUCGGCGGGCGAAUCAUGCCCGGACAGUGA